GACCCUUCUUUGCAAACGUAACCCUAAACCACUUUCCCAAAGGCACAAGAGUGUAAACGCUGAGAGAUUCCCUUACGUGAACAUCUCUGCCUCUGCAAAAUGCUCCACUAAAGCACCUUUGACGACUGAGUUUGGCCACUCUGCCUCGACUCAUACGUUUUCAGAACGCAUCCAAGCAGAGACUCGUAGCGCGACUUCAGCUCUGAUAGCAAGGACCUCUGACCCCCUCUUCAGCUCUACAGGUCGAAAAAGGGUAGUUUGGUUACUCUGGUUGCUGUUUUCUAAGACUACAUGCCCCCUAUUACCCGCCGUGCUGCCAAAGAAAAUCAUCCAGAAUUCUCAAAAAUCCAACUCAGCUUGGGAGGAAAAACGAUUUAAGGCUGUGCAUUGUUAAUUACUACAAGGUAAUUCUUGCUCCUCCUCUAAUUUGGUUAUUAUUAUGUCGUCUCUGUACCUUGAAUAAUCAUGCCUGUCACUUUAUUUAUUUGUUUGUUUUUGGAUUUAUUUAUGAGUUAAUAAGAUGAGAAAACAAAGGCGCAAUCAAGGUGAGGAGCAUUUAUAUUUCUCUAGGCAGCACGAAAUUGAUUUUGCCAACCACUUUGUGAACAUGCAUAGAGCUAGUGAAAUUAGGGACAAUAACAUUUCUGUGUAUGUGGUUCCCGAAAUCCAUCGCCGGUUGAACGGCCAAUACAGCACCUCCUUCUCCUUUGAUAGUAUAAGAGCCAAAUUCUAUGCAUUGCGAGAGCUGACCAAACUGUACAUUGCCUUCAAGAGGCGGGGAACGGGACUGGGUUGGGAUAGCCAGAAGUUUACCUGGCUUAUGGACAAUAGCAAGUGGGCCAAGAUGGAGCAGGUCAACCCAAAAUUUGUAAAAUUUCAAAAUGACUGCACCGUCUAUCAUUUGCUUGAGGAGGUCUUUGUCAAUCAAGGUGCAACGGAAACUUCAGCUUUGGUUUCGAGAACUAGCCCCGUACUUCAGCCGAGGAGCAAGAUAUGGAAACUGCUGCACGAUGUGCAUGGGGAAAGGGAAGGUCGGACUAUCCGGCCGAGGAUGCUGAAGUUGAGGUAGUAGGAGCGAAUGAAGCGAAAGGGAAGAAGGGGAAAGGAAAGCGGAAGUCGGGUGAUUGCUUAAGCGGUAGUCCUAUGUCCACCGCCUCUGGUUCAGUGACAAAUAGAUAUCUCAGGGCUCUUGAUACCAUUGAGUCGCUGGUUAGUCGAACGAAGAGCAGCAGCAUGAGUGUGUCGGUUAGUUUUCCGAACAAGCAUCGUUUCGGCCGCGAUCCCUCGAAGAAAAUCGACUAUGAAGUUACCAUGGAACAACUUCAGGGUAUAGAGAACGUGGCCUACGUAGCUAAAUACGCCACUGCUGAAAUGUUGAAGGAUCUUCAAAAGUUGGCUAUUUGGAAUUUAGCUGGAUCAGACGCCAACCGCAUUACCUUUAUGAAGUUAAAAGGCUGUUUCCCGCCUGACACUCAGGAGCCCCCUCCCCUACCCCCGUUUUAGUCGUUUGCCUUGUUCAUCGGGAGUACUUAUUUGAAGGUUGAGUUGUUGCCUUUGUUUGUUUAUACUUGAGACCGUUAAUUGUAUUUUUUGCUACCGAAACUUAGACUUUUUUUUUCUUAAUGUUGUCAUUUGUUUAUUUAAAUUCCGGAUACUUUGUGGCCAUGACUUUGAUUGUUGAGUAUUUUACAAUUCUUAAUGUUGA